ACCUUCAAGGGAACUGUUUUCUCUUAAGGACCUCCUCAUUCUGCCCGGCUUCUUGACAAGACCAUGGCUGAUAACAGCAGUGAUGAGUAUGGCGAGGACGAUGGCAAGGAGAAGAAGAAGCCCUCACAGCUGACCCUUCAGCGGGUCUUCGACGACGACGACGACGAGGACUCCUCUGAAACAGACUCGGAUGAGGAUGAGGAUGACGAGGAGCACGGAGCCCCUCUGGAAGGGGCCUACGAUCCUGCAGAUUAUGAGCAUCUGCCCGUUUCGGCCGAGAUUAAGGAGCUCUUCCAGUACAUCAGUAGGUACACACCUCAGCUGAUUGACCUGGACCACAAACUGAAGCCGUUCAUUCCUGACUUUAUCCCGGCUGUGGGGGACAUCGAUGCCUUUUUAAAGGUCCCACGUCCUGAUGGAAAGCCGGACAACCUCGGCCUGUUGGUAUUGGAUGAGCCGUCCACAAAGCAGUCAGAUCCUACUGUGCUCUCCCUCUGGUUAACAGAGAACUCCAAGCAGCACAAUGUGACGCAACAUAUGAAAGUAAAGAGUUUGGACGAUGCAGAAAAAAACCCCAAAGCCAUUGACACCUGGAUUGAGAGCAUCUCCGAGUUACACCGUUCUAAGCCCCCUGCGUCUGUGCACUAUACCAGGCCUAUGCCUGAUAUUGACACGCUGAUGCAGGAGUGGUCCCCAGAGUUUGAAGAACUUUUGGGCAAGGUGAGCCUGCCCACUGCAGAGAUUGACUGCAGCCUGGCAGAGUACAUUGACAUGAUCUGUGCCAUCCUGGACAUCCCUGUCUACAAGAGUCGCGUUCAGUCCCUCCACCUGCUCUUCUCCCUCUACUCCGAAUUCAAGAAUUCACAGCAUUUUAAGGCCCUGGCGGAGGGCAAGAAAGCGUUCACCCCUCCCUCCAACCCCACCUCCCAAGCCGGAGACAUCGCCGAGACCUUAACCUUCAGCUGAGACCCCUCCCACGUCUGUCUCCUUGAUCCCAGCGGAGAGGUCCACAUCAUCGUCAACCUGAGGAGUCUCUGCUGGGCGCAGGGACAGUGUCCUUACUGCCCCGCCCGCCCGCCUUCCUGCCUGGAGCACCGCAGACUCAUCUUCUGCCUCUGGGGUUACACCCACACCCCACACACCCCCGCGCGCGCACACACACACAUACGCACACACUCGCGGGUUUGAGAAGGAGCGUAGGUUGGAAGGAAAGCUUUGAAGCGGGUCCUUUUGGAUGCUGAUGAAAUCCUUCACUUUCUUUUUAAUGGUAGUUUGCCAAGGUUUUCUAAAUAAAAUGUUCCAGAGUC